AUGGAGCAAUUUACCCCGAAGGAGGUGCGAAUCCUCGAAAGCGCUGAAGAUAUUCAAGAGCGACGCGACCAGGUGUUGAACCGCUACAGCGAGUUCAAGCUCGAGACUCGUCAGAAGCGCGAAAAGUUGGAAGAUUCUCGCCGGUUCCAGUACUUCAAGCGUGACUCGGAUGAGCUGGAAAGCUGGAUCAACGAGAAGCUGCAGGCGGCGAGCGAAGAAAGCUAUCGCGAUCCAACCAACUUGCAAGCGAAAAUCCAGAAGCACCAGGCGUUCGAGGCCGAAGUAUCGGCGCACAGCAAUGCUAUCGUGGUGCUGGACAACACCGGCCAGGAGAUGAUCAAUCAGGGUCACUUCGCUUCGGAAACGAUCCAGCGCAGGCUGGAGGAGCUGCAGCGCCUGUGGGAGCUGCUGCUAUCGCGGCUGGCCGAGAAAGGCAUGAAGCUGCAGCAGGCUCUGGUGCUGGUGCAGUUCUUGCGUCACUGCGAGGAAGUGAUGUUCUGGAUCAAGGACAAGGAAGCGUUCGUCACGGCGGACGAGUUCGGCCAGGAUUUGGAGCAUGUCGAGGUAUUGCAGCGCAAGUUCGACGAGUUUCAGAAGGACAUGGCUUCCCAGGAGUACCGCGUGACGGAGGUGAACGAGCUAGCCGACAAGCUGCUGUUCGCCGGACAUCCGGAGCGGGAAACGAUCACGCGCAAGAAGGAGGAUUUGAACGAGGCCUGGCAGCGCUUGAAACAGCUGGCCAUAUUGCGCCAGGAGAAGCUUUUCGGGGCGCACGAAAUCCAGCGUUUCAACCGCGAUGCGGAUGAGACGGUUGCGUGGAUCGCUGAGAAGGAUGUCGUGCUGUCGUCCGACGAUUACGGGCGCGAUCUGGCCAGCGUACAAGCGCUGCAGCGCAAGCACGAAGGUGUGGAGCGUGAUUUGGCAGCGCUCGAGGACAAGGUGGCGGCUCUCGGUACUGAAGCCGGCAGGCUCUGCAGCAUUCAUGCCGAUCAUAGCGAGCAGAUUCGUGAGAAGCAGGCUGAGAUUGCUGCUUACUGGCAGUCGUUGACAGCGAAAGCCAAAGAGCGCAGGCAGAAGCUCGACGAGUCCUACUUCUUGCAUCGUUUCCUGGCCGAUUUCCGUGAUCUUGUGUCGUGGAUCAACGGUAUGAAAGCGAUCAUCUCCGCAGAUGAGCUGGCAAAGGACGUUGCCGGGGCUGAGGCGUUGCUUGAGCGUCACCAAGAGCACAAAGGCGAGAUUGACGCACGUGUUGAUAGCUUCAUGAUGACAACGGAAGCCGGCCGGAAGCUCCUCGAACGUGACCACUACGCUGCGGCCGAGGUGCAGGAAAAGCUUGCCGCGCUCGAAAACGACAAGAGCUCGCUGCUCGUCCUGUGGGAGGACCGCCGCAUCCUGUACGAGCAGUGCAUGGAUCUGCAGCUGUUCUACCGGGACACUGAGCAAGCGGACACGUGGAUGGCCAAGCAAGAGGCAUUCCUGGCAAAUGAAGAUCUAGGUGACUCGCUUGAUUCGGUUGAGGCAUUGAUUAAAAAGCACGAGGACUUCGAGAAGAGUCUGGCAGCUCAGGAGGAGAAGAUAAAGGCGUUGGAUGUGUUUGCGACGAAGCUGAUCGACGGUCAACACUACGCUGCGGACGAUGUGGCCCAACGUCGAGCCAUGCUUCUUGCGCGUCGUUCGGCUUUGCAGGAGAAGUCCUCAGUGCGACAGCAGUUGCUGGAGGACUCCAACUCGCUGCAGCAGUUCGAGCGGGAUUGUGACGAAACGAAGGGUUGGAUCAGCGAGAAGUUGAAGUUCGCAACUGAUGAUAGCUACCUCGAUCCGACGAAUCUGAAUGGCAAGGUGCAGAAGCACACCAAUUUCGAGCAUGAACUGACCGCGAAUAAGAGCCGUAUUGAGGACAUCACGGCCACCGGUCAGACACUUGCCGAGAAGGGUCACUACGCUUCGGAUAAGGUGAACGGACGCAUGCAAGAAAUCGUGACACUGUGGGAGUCUCUUGUGCGUGCCUCGGAUAAGAAGGGCUGUAAGCUGCAGGAGGCUUCGCAGCAGCAGCAAUUCAACCGUACCGUCGAAGACAUCGAACUGUGGCUAAGUGAAGUCGAAGGUCAGCUGUUGUCAGAGGACUACGGCAAAGAUCUGACGAGUGUGCAGAAUCUGCAGAAAAAGCAGGCCUUGCUCGAAGCUGACGUUAUGGCACACCAGGACCGUAUCGAGGGCAUCAAGGUGGCCGCAAACAAGUUCGUCGAAAGUGGUCAUUUCGAUGCAGAUAAUAUUCGCGCAAAGGAAGGUGCUUUAUCGAAGCGUUACGCUGCACUAGCUGAGCCAAUGUCGAUCCGAAAGCAGCGUUUGCUCGAUUCGCUGCAGGUUCAGCAGCUGUUCCGCGAUCUGGAGGAUGAAGCAGCAUGGAUCCGUGAAAAGGAACCGGUUGCUGCUUCGACAAAUCGCGGACGCGACUUGAUUGGGGUGCAAAACUUGAUCAAGAAGCAUCAGGCCGUGCUUGCGGAAAUCAACAACCACGAGAGUCGUUGCGCCGGAGUGAUCUCGAGCGGUGAGCAGAUGCUAACCGAACAGCCCACUGCAAGCGAGGAAAUCAAGCUACGCCUGGAUGCGCUAAAGGAUCAAUGGAACUCGUUGAAGGAGAAGUCGAACCAGCGCAAGCAGGAUCUGGAGGACUCGUUGCAGGCGCAUCAGUACUUCGCCGACGCCAACGAAGCGGAAUCGUGGAUGCGCGAAAAGGAGCCAAUCGUGUCGAAUCAAGACUACGGUAAAGAUGAAGAUUCCUCGGAAGCGCUGCUGAAGAAGCACGAGGCUCUUGUGUCGGACCUCGAAGCAUUCGGUAACACGAUUCAGGCCCUGCAAGAGCAAGCUAAGAACUGUCGCCAACAGGAAACCCCCGUUGUGGACAUCACUGGCAAAGAGUGUGUGAUGGCACUGUAUGAUUACACCGAGAAGUCGCCGCGUGAGGUGUCGAUGAAGAAGAACGACGUAUUGACGCUUCUUAAUUCGAAUAACAAGGACUGGUGGAAGGUGGAGGUGAACGAUCGCCAAGGCUUCGUACCAGCGGCGUACAUCAAGAAGAUCGAUCCUGGACUAAGCGCUAGCCAGCAGAACCUGAUCGAUGGACACUCGAUCUCAAAGCGCCAGACGCAGAUCAACAGCCAGUACGAUAAUCUACUUGCGCUGGCACGAGAACGCCAGAACAAGCUGAACGAAACGGUCAAAGCAUAUGUGCUGGUGCGCGAGGCAGCCGAUUUGGCCGCGUGGAUCAAGGAUAAGGAGAGCCAUGCGCAAAUCAAGGAUGUCGGCGAGGAUCUCGAAGAGGUAGAAGUGAUGCAGAAGAAGUUUGACGACUUCAACGACGACCUGAAGGCUAAUGAAGUGCGGCUGGCAAAGCUGAAUGAGAUCGCUAUCCAGCUGACGUCGCUUGGCCAGACUGAAGCGGCAUUGAAGAUCAAGACCCAGAUCCAGACGUUGAACGAGGAGUGGGCUACCCUGCAGACGAUCACACAGGAGCGGGCGAGUCAGCUUGGAUCGGCGCAUGAAGUUCAGCGAUUCCAUCGCGAUGUCGACGAGACAAAGGAUUGGAUUGCGGAGAAGGAGAAUGCGUUGAACAACGACGAGCUUGGUAAGGAUCUGCGUGGAGUGCAAACGCUGCAGCGCAAGCACGAAGGUUUGGAGCGAGAUCUUGCUGCGUUGCAAGACAAAAUCCGUCAGCUGGACGAGACUGCGAACCGGCUGAUGCAAUCGCAUCCGGAUACUGCUGAGCAGACGUACGCCAAACAGAAGGAAAUCAACGAGGAAUGGCAGCAGGUGGUGACGAAGGCGCAACAGCGCAAGGAGAAGCUGCUCGAUUCGUACGAUCUGCAACGCUUCCUGAGCGACUACCGUGAUCUGUCGGCCUGGAUUAGCUCGAUGAUGGGACUGGUGACCUCUGAGGAGUUGGCCAACGAUGUGACCGGUGCGGAGGCGCUGAUCGAGCGUCAUCAGAACCAUCGUGCCGAAAUAGAUUUUCGUUGCGGUAUCCCGCAGGAACAUCGCACGGAGGUAGAUGCACGCGCCGGUACGUUCUCGGCGUUCGAGCAAUUCGGCAACGAGUUGCUGCAGGCAAAUCACUAUGCGGCACCCGAGAUUCAGGAGAAGAUCGAGAAUCUGGCAAAGGCUCGCGAAGAGCUUGAGCGUGCCUGGACAGCCCGCCGGCUGCAACUCGACCAGAACCUGGAUCUGCAACUGUACUUGCGCGACUGUGAGCAAGCCGAAAACUGGAUGAGUGCUCGCGAGGCAUUCCUGAACGCGGAAGAAGUCGACUCCAAGGGCGACAACGUUGAAGCGCUGAUCAAGAAGCACGAAGAUUUCGAUAAGGCUAUCAACGGGCAUGAGGAGAAGAUUGGCGCUUUGCAGGUGCUGGCCGACCAGUUGAUCGCGCAGGAACAUUACGCCGGUCGGUUGAUCGAUGCCAAGCGCCAGGAGGUGCUCGAUCGCUGGCGUCACCUCAAGGAAGAUCUGAUCGAGAAGCGGUCACGUCUCGGUGACGAACAGACGCUGCAGCAGUUCUCUCGAGAUGCGGACGAAAUUGAGAAUUGGAUCGCGGAGAAACUGCAGCUAGCCACCGAGGAAAGCUACAAGGAUCCAGCCAACAUCCAGUCGAAACAUCAGAAGCACCAGGCAUUCGAAGCGGAGUUGGCGGCCAACGCAGACCGUAUAUCCAGCGUGCUAGCCAUGGGAAGCAACCUGAUCGAUCGCAACCAGUGCAGCGGUUCGGAGGAAGCUGUGCAGAAGCGCUUGACGCAGAUCGCUGACCAGUGGGAAUACCUGACGCAGAAAACGACAGAAAAAUCACUGAAGCUCAAGGAAGCGAACAAGCAGCGUACGUACAUCGCCGCAGUGAAGGAUCUGGACUUCUGGCUCGGUGAAGUUGAGAGUUUGCUAACGUCGGAAGACGCCGGCAAAGAUUUGGCAUCGGUUCAGAACCUCAUGAAGAAGCAUCAGCUGGUGGAGGCUGAUAUCCACGCGCACGAGGAUCGCAUUAAGGACAUGAACAGCCAGGCAGAUUCGUUGGUUGAGAGCGGCCAAUUCGAUAGCGCUGGCAUUCAGGAGAAGCGACAGUCGAUCAACGAGCGGUAUGAACGAAUUCGCAACCUAGCCGCUCAUCGACAGGCUAGGCUGAACGAGGCGAACACACUGCACCAGUUCUUCCGCGACAUUGCCGACGAAGAAAGCUGGAUAAAGGAGAAAAAACUGCUAGUUGGAUCGGAUGACUACGGUCGGGAUCUGACGGGUGUGCAGAAUCUUAAGAAGAAACAUAAGCGCUUGGAAGCGGAGCUUGCGUCGCACGAGCCAGCCAUUCAGGCGGUUCAGGAAGCUGGAGAAAAGCUGAUGGAUGUGUCCAAUUUGGGUGUUCCGGAGAUCGAGCAGCGUCUGAAGGCGCUCAACCAAGCCUGGACCGAGCUAAAGGGGCUGGCGGCUACCCGUGGACAGAAGUUGGACGAGUCGCUCAUCUACCAGCAGUUCCUGGCGAAGGUUGAAGAGGAGGAGGCCUGGAUCACGGAGAAGCAACAACUGCUCUCCGUCGAAGACUAUGGUGAUUCUAUGGCGGCCGUGCAGGGCCUAAUGAAGAAGCAUGAUGCCUUCGAGACGGACUUUGCUGCACAUCGCGAUCGUUGUUCGGAUAUUCGUGACCACGGCCAAACGCUGGUGACGAACAAUAACCACCAUGGUGACAGCAUCUCGCAGCGCUGCGUGCAGCUUGAUAAGAAGUUGGAGAACUUGCAGGCGCUAGCCACGCGUCGCAAGACGGCGCUGAUGGAUAACUUCGCCUAUCUGCAGUUUAUGUGGAAGGCGGACGUGGUCGAAAGCUGGAUCGCGGACAAGGAGAAUCACGUCAAAUCGGAGGAAUUCGGGCGUGAUUUGUCCACUGUCCAAACGUUGCUCACGAAGCAAGAGACAUUCGAUGCUGGUCUCUCGGCAUUUGAGCACGAGGGAAUCCAUAAUAUAACCGCACUGAAGGAUCAGCUGAUCAACGCGAACCACGCCCAGUCCGCCGCUAUUCUCAAGCGCCACGAAGAUGUGCUGACUCGCUGGCAGAAGCUGCGCGCCGAUUCUGAGGCUCGCAAGUACCGCCUGCUGAACAUGCAAGAUCAGUUCCGCCAGAUUGAAGAUCUCUACCUCACUUUUGCUAAGAAAGCGUCAGCUUUCAACUCGUGGUUCGAGAACGCGGAAGAAGAUCUUACCGAUCCGGUGCGCUGCAACUCGAUCGAAGAGAUCAAGGCAUUGCGGGAGGCGCAUGCUGCUUUCCAGGCAUCGCUUUCGUCGGCCCAAGUCGAUUUCCAGGCGUUGGCUGCGUUGGAUCAGAAGAUCAAGAGUUUCAACGUUGGCCCGAACCCGUACACAUGGUUCACGAUGGAGGCGCUUGAGGACACCUGGCGAAAUCUGCAGAAGAUCAUCGAGGAGCGCGAUGCGGAGCUGGCGAAGGAAGUGCAUCGUCAGGAAGAGAACGACAAGUUGCGCAAGGAGUUCGCCAAGCACGCCAAUCUGUUCCACCAGUGGCUGACGGAGACCAGAUACAACAUUCUUGGCUGGGAUAAAAAUGGAACGUCGCUCAUGGACGGCUCAGGCUCGUUGGAGGAGCAGUUUGAGGCGCUCUGCCACAAGGCGAACGAAAUCCGUGCCCGACGAGGCGAUUUGAAGAAGAUCGAGGAGUUGGGCGCCACGCUAGAGGAGCAUCUGAUUCUGGACAAUCGUUACACGGAACACUCGACGGUUGGUUUGGCGCAGCAGUGGGAUCAGCUAGAUCAGCUUGCCAUGCGCAUGCAGCACAACCUGAAGCAGCAGAUACAGGCCCGCAACCAGUCGGGUGUCUCCGAGGAUUCGCUGAAGGAGUUCUCGAUGAUGUUCAAGCACUUCGACAAGGACAAGAGCGGCAAGCUGAAUCACCAAGAGUUCAAGUCGUGUCUGCGUGCCCUCGGUUACGAUCUGCCAAUGGUGGAAGAGGGUCAACCAGAUCCAGAGUUCGAGGAGAUCCUGAACGUUGUCGACCCGAACCGCGACGGCCAGGUAUCGCUGCAGGAGUAUAUCGCUUUCAUGAUAUCGAAGGAAACGGAGAACGUGCAAAGCUUCGAGGAAAUCGAGAAUGCCUUCCGCGCGAUCACGGCCUCCGAUCCCCGUCCCCGCCCUUACGUCACCAAGGAGGAACUCUAUUCCAACCUCACCAAAGACAUGGCGGACUACUGCGUGCAGCGCAUGAAACCGUACAACGACCCGAAGACCGGUCAUCCGAUUACGGGCGCCCUGGAUUACGUGGAGUUCACCAGAACGUUAUUCCAAAAUUAAGCACCCGCGCUUGGCGAUCAGCAACGGUGCGGGCAUUAGGGUGAUGAAGGGGGACGAGGUAGUCCGAUGUCGCUUUAUAUCAACUAUAUUGCUACCAAUUGGGUUUUUACCGCAUUUUGACGAUGAUGAAGAAGAAAAGGUUCAAAUAAUAUAUUAUAUAUUUACUUUGAUUUUAUAUAUUUAUACACAUUUUCGAGCGAUCGAGCCACAGAACGUGCUACUAGCGUGAUAGUAGAGCGGCAAAAACAGCAGCCUUCCGCCAUGUGUUUCGCCUUUUUAAAUCAGCUCCUUUUGGAUUUCCCGGUAUUGGGCUUUUGUAAGCCGCCGUUUAGUAAGCAACGAUCGAAAAAGGCAACCAAUGAAAAGCCGAACGAAUAACGACACAUGCGAACCAAGGAUAUCAUUGCGAAUAGGCGGCUAGGAGGUAUUAUUGAAUAGUCAGGAUCUGUACGUGAUGACGAUUGGUACUGGUGGAUCGUAUAAGAAAAGAACACACUUUCUUCUGGUCAGUUUCUCUGCAGAAACAGAUCUUGAAUGAUGCGUUUUAGUUUGGCUACCUGCGUUGGAUUUAAGAUACGUUCGCUUCCUAUCGCAAUGUCCGGUUGUAGGAUUAAAAAAACUCGAAACACAUCUAUUACCUUUGAAAGUAAAUUAAAGCUUAUCUCUACUAAAACUGGUUACGAGAAAAAUUGAAUGAAAAUUCUCUAAGUGCUUGUUGGAAAACGUUUAUAGCAAGAUAUAGGAAGUAUUUAUUUACAACCACCGUCAAGUGCGGUCUCAGUAUCGUUUGAAGAGCGAAGGAGCGGAAGGCUAGCAGUAGACAUGUAAUAGAAAAUAGCGCAAAAUCAAAUGUUCCGCUUAAACAAUUGCAAACUAAUCGGCGUGACCAUACCGAAAGGAUGGGCCGACCAAAUAUGCACACAAACUACACCACUACGCUAUCGCUAUAUGUGUAAUUCUAUUUAUCACUGGCAUCACUAUGCCACGGGCGGAUCUAAAUCGUUCGUAAAAUAUUACUAAAUGUCUUCUUCAAAUAAAUGAUUGCAUGAACAAAUA